AUGGCUAUCAAAAGAUCAAACAGAGCUAACACCUCCAAUGUUACAGAUGAGGUCAACCCAUAUGGCUUGAACGAAGUUGAUGAUUUUGCUUCUAAAAGGGAAAAAGUUUUACUUGGACAGUCCACUCUUUCCGGUAGGGCCAAGGAUGAUGACGACUAUCUGUUAGAAGAUGAAAACGAGGAGGAAGUCCUGGCCAUGGAUGACGACGAUGAGUCUAUAGAUGAAGGUGAAGAUGUGGAAGAAGAAGGAGAACUUGACGGUGCUGCAGCCUAUAAGAAAAUAUUUGGUAGAAACCUAGAAGCAGAUCAGCUUCCUGAAGAAGAUGAAGAAAGUGGUAUGUUGAACAACGAAAAUGCUUGGGGCUCCACAAAGGGAGAAUACUACGGAGCUGAUGAUUUGGAUGAUGAAGAAGCUGCUAAGGAAAUAGAAAAGGAAGCUUUACGACAACAAAAGAAGCACUUAGAAGAACUUAAUAUGAACGACUAUUUAGAUGAGGAAGAAGAAGAAGAGUGGGUCAAAAAUGCCAAAGAAUUUGAUGUAGGUAAGUUCAAGAGCUCGACUAAGCAGCCAGAAACCAAGGUUUCUGUAAGGGAUAUUUUAAAUAUGGAUGAGGAGGCAAGAGAUAAUUAUUUAAAAACAAUGUUUCCUGAAUUCGCUCCACUUUCAAAAGAAUACACCGAACUAGCUCCCAAAUUUGACGAAUUAAAGAAUUCCGAUGACAAUGAAUGCAAUAAAUUAAAGACAAUUGCACUUGGAAGUUAUCUAGGUACAAUAUCAUGUUACUAUAGUGUCAUGUUGCAUGAACUCCGUAAUAAUGAAGACUUUACUUCCAUGAGGGGCCACCCAAUCAUGGAAAAGGUCCUAACAACAAAAGAAAUUUGGAGGCAAGCAAGUGAACUACCAUCCAACAUAGAUAUAAUUGAGGAAAGUGGUUCUGAAAGUGAAGAAAUUCCUAACAUUGAUGAUUUCAAUGAAGAGAAACUGAAGUCGUUAAAAAAUAAUGGAAAUUCAGGUUCUGAAGAUAAUGAAGAAGAACAAAAGGAAAGUGAAGAUGAAGAAGGGGAAAGCGAUGAAGAUGAUGACGUAGAUAUUGAUGAUUUUGAAGAAUACGUAGCUCAAUCGCGUGUGAGUUCCAAGCCAAAAACAUUGUCCAAACCUGAAACAGAUGACUUCGUUGAAUCUGAAAUUGCUGAUGUUGACGCACAAGAUAAAAAGGCUCGUAGAAAAACUUUGCGUUUCUAUACUUCGAAAAUUGAUCAACAAGAGAGUAAAAAGACAGAUAGAUUCAAAGGUGAUGACGAUAUACCUUACAAGGAACGUUUGUUUGAGAGGCAGCAACGCCUGUUGGAUGAAGCUCGUAAAAGAGGUAUGCAUGACAAUAAUGGGGCUGAUCUUGAUGAUAAGGCAUACAGUCUAGAAGAUGAGGCGGUUUCUAGAAGUAUUAACACCCAGGGUGAGAACGAUUAUUAUCAGCAGGUUCAGAGAGGUAAGCAAGUCAAGAAAACAUUUCGUAAAGAGGCUCAUAAGAAUGCUAUAAUUGCUGCAAGGGAAGGUAAACUGGCUGAAUUGGCUGAAAAUGCUGUAGGUGAUGGAAAGCGUGCUAUUAACUACCAGAUUUUAAAGAACAAAGGCCUAACGCCUAGGAGAAACAAAGAUAACAGAAACUCUCGUGUUAAGAAGAGAAAGAAGUACCAAAAAGCGCAAAAGAAACUCAAAUCUGUUCGUGCAGUUUAUUCAGGUGGUCAAUCAGGUGUCUAUGAAGGUGAAAAGACAGGUAUUAAGAAGGGUUUGACAAGAUCUGUUAAAUUCAAAAAUUGA